AUGGUGACCAUGAGGGCCAGCACACGGGCGGCCGCAGCCGCCGCCCUGCUCGCCGCGUCGGCGGGGGCCUCUGCCGUACACAUUGCAAACAACAACUCACACGAGCCCCGCCGGGCCGCUGCGGAAUGCUCCGACGUCCACAUCUUCCUCGCCCGCGGCAACAACGAGCCCUACCCGGGCCGCCAGGGCGACCUCGUUGCCGCCAUCUGCAAGGGCGUCGACAGCUGCGACUACGAGGACCUCCUCUACUCGGCCCGCUACACGGACCUCUACUGCCAGAUUGUCUACGACGGCGUCAUUGCCGGCCACACACAGCUUGCCGCCUACGCCAGCCGGUGUCCCAAGUCCAAGCUCGUUCUCGGUGGCUACUCGGUCGGCGCCCAGGUCAUCACCGACAUCCUCGCCGGUGCGGGUGGCACAUUCUACAAUGGCUGCGUCCAGCCUUCUGCGCCUCCGUUGAGCAGAGAAAACGCGCCGGGCAACAUGAUCGCUGCCGUCCUCGUUUCGGGUAACGUCCGCCACACUGGCGGCGAGCCCUUCAACACCGGCACCGGUUCCGGCAUGUCUGGCAUGUUCCCCCGCACGGGCGACCAGAAGGCCGCUCUCGACGGCUGGGCCGACAUCCUGCGCGACGAGUGCAUCGAGACGGACCCCAUCUGCGGCAACAAGUCCCUCAAGGACGGCGCCGUCGUCGCGGACCACCUGUCCUACUUUGCCCGCCUGACUGGCGACUUUGCCCAGUGGGUGCAGAAGAAGGCCCAGCUGGACACGGGCGGCAGCUUCGUCACGGCCAUCCCCACGUCCGUCUCGGGCACCGUCCAGGACUACGCCACGAUUGGCACCGAGACGCCCAGCGGCGGCGUCACCAUGAGCCCCGACUGGACCAAGAGCACCGCCGUCGUCGCCGCCACCACGACCGACAAGCCCACGUCGUCCUCGACCGACAAGGCGUCCUCGUCAGCGGCCACGAGCAGCAGCCCCGCGUCGUCCUCGACACCCGGUCAGAGCUCGGGCUCGACCACGGCGCCUCCCGCCUCCACCACCCCGACCCCGACAGACCCAGUCCAGGGCAACGUCAGUCCCUCGAGCACGCCGCCGCCCAACGCGGCCGCGCGCCUCUCGGGCGCCGCUUGGGCCCUGGUCGCCUCUGGCCUGAGCGCCCUGGUUUUUGCUUUGUAA